CUCCGGCCUUCACAGUCACGAAAGUUCCAUUGUCCGGCCAUUGGCUCCGGGGCCGCAUGACGUCACAGCGCCGGGCUGGGCCUCCGGGCCGCGAUUGGCUGCCCGCGCCAUUGUGACGUCACGGCCGCCCACGCCGGUGUGGGGACCCGGCGCCGCCUCCCGGCCCGCGCCGCUGAGCUCGGCUCUCCUGCUCCGCUCGGACCGCGCUCUCGCCGCUGCUCCGCGCCGCUGCCGCCGCUCGGGAGCGAGAGGUUUUUAAAAAUGGAACAUUUUGAUGCAUCACUUAGUACCUAUUUCAAGGCAUGGCUCGGCCCCCGAGAUACCAGAGUAAAAGGAUGGCUUCUUAUGGACAAUUACAUACCCACUUUUGUCUUCUCCAUCAUAUACUUACUAGUUGUAUGGCUGGGACCAAAAUAUAUGAAGAAUAGGCAGGCAUACUCUUGCCGGGGAAUUUUGGUGGUGUAUAACCUGGGACUCACAUUGCUGUCUCUCUAUAUGUUCAUUGAGCUGGUGACGGGAGUAUGGGAAGCCCAGUACAACUUCUUGUGUCAGGGCACACGCACGGCGGGAGAAUCCGAUACGAAGAUCAUCCAUGUACUGUGGUGGUACUACUUCUCCAAACUCAUAGAAUUUAUGGACACCUUCUUUUUCAUCUUGCGCAAGAACAACCACCAGAUCACGGUGCUGCACGUCUACCACCAUGCCUCGAUGCUGAACAUCUGGUGGUUUGUGAUGAACUGGAUCCCUUGUGGACACUCUUAUUUUGGGGCCACGCUUAACAGCUUCAUCCAUGUGCUCAUGUACUCGUACUACGGGCUGUCCUCCAUCCCGUCCAUACGGCCGUACAUCUGGUGGAAGAAGUACAUCACCCAGGGCCAGCUGCUUCAGUUUGUGCUGACCAUCAUACAGACCAUCAGCGGCAUCAUCUGGCCGUGUUCUUUCCCUCUGGGCUGGUUGUACUUCCAGAUCGGAUACAUGCUUACACUGAUCACGCUCUUCACCAACUUCUACGUUCAGACCUACAACAAGAAGGGCUCCUCCCGGAGGAAAGAGCACCCAAAGGAGCACCAGAACGGCUGGGUGGCUGUGACCGAGAACGGACACACCGAUAACUGCACUCCCCUGGAAAACAGCGUGAAGCUGAGGAAGCAGCGGAAGGACUGAGGGGGCGGGGCGGGGCCCCUGCAGGCCGUUGUCUGACUCGUGCCCACCACAUCGCCGCCGCCGUAGCUCUUCUGGCCUACUCUAGUGUGACCCCUGUAGGGCCUCAUCAGUCCCAAACCCCUAGAACUCGUGCACACAGAUUCUGCAGUAGGCAUCUGAUUGCUAACAUUUCUGGGCUCUCACCUACCCCUGCGCUCCACCGCGGAGGGAGUGUUCUUGUAGUAGACGACACUGCUGUUGCCUUAUUAGUUAUAACCUGAUAGGUGCUGAAUUGUGACUCACAAUUUAAAAACACUGUAAUCUCAACUGUUUUUUUUUUUUUUUUACUCUAGAUCAUGCAUGUGACUGUAAAUUUGUACAAUGUUGUGACCGUAGAGAAACACACAUGCCUUAAAUUUACAAAGCAGGGCCCAAAGCUUAUUAGUUUCAAUUAGGGUAUGUUUCAAGGUUUUAAUUUAUUUUUAAUAAUGCAGUAUAGAAAAAUAAAUCAAAGAUGGUGACUUACGAAACGUAACAGGUGACACUUAAUUUUAAACACCUUGUAACAACAACAACAAAAAAAUCAGAAAUGACACCUUAGGUUUUGUAAUAUAUUGGCUCUAAGUCAGACAGCCAAUUAAGUGGGACAGGCAGUUUUAACUUUUUAACAGAUCUUAUUUUUUUAUUUUGAGUGCCACUAUUCAUGUAAAAGGGGGAAACGUGCAGGGGGCUGGAAAGCUGUCUUGCGGGAACAUGAAUGCAUACUCUGUCUUCAGGAUCUUUAGGAGGUGAGUCAGAUGAGUAGGCCAUUUCUACUUCCUCAGCGGCUCUGUGCUUCUUUUUUAACAGGAAAUGGCCUGUUUUGCUUUUCACUCACGAGAAGUUACGUGUUUUUCAGGAGAGAUGACCUUAGUAUUUACCUUGUGGCAGAACGCCAUAGCCGGUGGGGAGCUGGUUUCCAGGGUCCCAGCUUGGAUUGACUUCUGUAUUAGAUCGCUACCUGUUUUGACACAAACCUUCUUUAAAAUGUGCCUAGAUUACCAAAAUUAAUAGGGAGAAAAGGGAUCUGACAAUUUUUUAAGGUAAAAUUAAACAGCUGCUAUAACACAGAACUAGGAAAUUUGAGAUCAGUUUUGAUGUGAAUUUAAUAGCACCUAUAAUUUUUUUCCUUCCUGCUUUAGAUGCUGAAAAUUUGCUUAGAAGCGCUUAUUUAAAAAUUGUAGACUGGCUUCUCAUAAAAUCAUGUGUACCCCCCCAUUGAGGCAGAGAUUAAACAGUUAAGGACAUGUUUAAAAUGUGUCAUUUUAAAGUGUUGGAAUUUAGCCUCUGGAUAUCUCCUUUUACAUGUGGGUGGGGGGAACGGGCUGGGGACAAUAGUCAUAGAACCACUCAACAUACUUAGAAGGACAUUGGCAAUGUGUAAACUAAUUGUUGGUUUGAUAUUUAUGUAAAUAUCAGUUUAUCAUGCUUUAAUUUUGCACAUUCAUAUUCUAGGGAGCUGACUGGGUCUUAUAUUAGUCUUGUGGGUUUUCUCUUUGGAAGGAGUCAUAGCAUCUGUUUACAUUUACCUUAUCAAAUCUAGAAUGUGUAUAUUUGUAAAUGUUUGUCUUCCUAGGUACUAGUUUGCGAAUGUCUUUACAUAUUUCAGUACAGAAACUAUAACAAUCGAUAGUAUGCUGUCAAAGUGUGCUUGAACUCACCUGGAUAGAUCCACACUGUUCAAUAAUGUCUAAACAUUAAUCAUUAAAACGUUUUUGAUUA